UUGCCAUUUGUAUGUUCUACAUUAUGUGCACUAAAGGUCCUGUUUUGCUUGCCAGCCUCAUCAUCUGCAUAUGGAGUGCAUUUACAGAUGGGGCAGGAGUGUCCAUUGUUGGAGGGAAGGAUGUUAAGGCUCAUUCCAAACCAUGGAUGGUGUCAAUCCAGCACGAAAAGCAGCACAUCUGUGGAGGAGUCCUCAUUCAGGACCAAUGGGUUCUUACUGCUGCUCACUGUCAGAAGAGUUUUCCAUCCUUGGGAGAUGUGACUGUCCUCCUGGGCGCUCACUCUCUGAAGAAUGAGAAAAACACCAUUCGGGUGGGAAUCGAGCGCUGUGAAAUCCCCCGGACCUUCAGCAUGACAACAAAAGCUGAUGAUAUCAUGUUAAUGAAGCUCAAGGACAAGGUCAAGGUCAAGAAAGAGAAAGUGAAAACAGUCAAACUACCUAAAUCACACAAAGAUAUUCCGUCUAAAACAAAGUGCCAAGUGACUGGCUGGGGAGUCACAGACCCAAACGGCAAAAAGGCCUCCGACACACUCAAAUACGUGGAAGUGUCCAUCAUAGAGCGUGAUUACUGCGCCUGCCUGUACAAUCAAAAUCCAGUCAUCACAGAGGACAUGCUCUGCGCAGGCAACAAAAAGCCACUACACGACGCCUGUCUGGGAGACUCUGGGGGCCCUCUAGAAUGUAACAAGAAUCUUGUCGGCCUUGUGUCUGGAGGGUCAGGAUGUGGCGAUCCCAAGAAACCUGGAGUGUACACUCGCCUUUCAGAGAAACAGAUGUCCUGGAUCAAUAACAUUAUAAAAAGACAAUCCAACAGCACCGUCUUUUAAGACA